AUGAAAGUGCUCCUAAUUUUCGCUAUUCUUUUUCUCCAAGUUUCAGCAAAACUCGGCUGGGAUGGGAUUCAAGCGGUGACCGUAUCGGGAUUUGAAUGUCUCAAGAAAAAUGGAUACGAUUUCUUUGUGGCACGAGUCGGAAGAUCGAAUAACAUCGUCGACACGACUGGCAUACAAAACAUUUUGAACGCUCGACAGGCUGGAUGGACAGAUGUGGAUGGAUAUAUUUAUCCAUGUACAACAUCGUCAUGUCCAUCGGGAGCCGUACAAGUCGAGAAUACGAUCAAAGCAAUCAAUGCUAAAGGAGCAAAGAUGAAUACCUUGUGGAUGGACAUUGAAGGCACUUGGCCAUCUGAUACAAAACACAAUCAGCAAUUUAUUCAAGGAAUGAUCGACCAAGCUGAGAAAAUGAAUGUCAAAGUGGGCAUCUACGCAGCCCAUUAUGAUUACCCGGAGAUCACGGGAAAUUGGAAUGGAGCAUCGAAAUAUCCACUUUGGUGGGCAAAUUAUAAUGGAGAAGCGAAUCUUGAUCAUUUCGUGGCUUUUGGUGGUUGGACAAAGCCGACAAUUCAUCAAUACAAAGGAACAACAUCGGGACCUUGUGGAGUUUCGAUGGAUCUCAGUUAUAAACCA